UUUAACGCUUCUUUUUCUUACCUUAGGAUUAGAAAAGCCUUUUGACUGAAGGCAGGAAGUCGUUCAGGAGGCUCAGGAGAGUAGGCAGUGAGAAGACAGAUGCUGUGUUGAAGACCAGCCCACUGCUCUGUUUGACUUGCUCAGGUAGGAAGUAAACCAUCAAUCUCCAGAGAUGUCUUCGGAAAAUAAAGAGCAGCAUGACCUCUCCCCGAGCGACUUGCCUGAAGAAACCUACAGUCUUCCCUCUGGGGUCCCUCUGGAGGCUCAAACGGGGACAAGUACGGACUUCAGGCAGCUUAAGACCAAUGAUCGAUGCAGACCUUAUUGUAGGAUCUACAUGGAACCUCAUGAGAAACGAGAUAUUAACAUCAAACAGUUUGUCAUCAGAAAGCUGCAGAAGAGUUGCCAGUGUAGCCCGGCCAGAGUCAAAAAUAGGAUUUUUGAUUUCCUUCCUGUUUUGCGGUGGCUCCCAAAAUAUGAUCUAAAGAAAAAUAUUUUAGGUGAUAUGAUGUCUGGCCUGAUUGUGGGCAUACUAUUGGUGCCCCAGUCUAUUGCUUACUCCCUGUUGGCUGGUCAGGAACCCAUCUAUGGUCUGUAUACAUCGUUUUUUGCCAGCAUCAUUUAUUUCCUGUUUGGUACCUCCCGCCACAUCUCUGUGGGCAUUUUUGGAAUACUGUGCCUUAUGAUUGGUGAGGUGGUUGACCGAGAACUACACAAAGCCUUCCCUAACCCUGUUGCUACAUCGUCUCCAUCAGCAGUGAUUUCAAAUGGAUCCAUGGUAGUAAACCAUACAGUAGACGGAUUUUGUGACAAGAGUUGUUAUGCAAUUAAAAUUGGCAGCACUGUGACAUUCAUGGCUGGAGUUUAUCAGGUAGCAAUGGGCUUCUUUCAAGUGGGCUUUGUGUCUGUCUACCUCUCAGAUGCCUUGCUGAGUGGGUUUGUCACUGGUGCCUCCUUCACCAUCCUCACAUCUCAGGCCAAGUACCUCCUUGGGCUGAGGCUUCCUCGGAGUAAUGGUGUAGGCUCAGUCAUCACUACCUGGAUCCACAUCUUCAGAAACAUCCAUAAGACCAAUGUCUGUGAUCUCAUCACCAGCCUUUUGUGUCUCCUGGUCCUUUUGCCAACCAAAGAACUCAACGAACACUUCAAGUCCAAGCUCAAGGCACCAAUUCCAACCGAACUCAUUGUCGUUGUGGCAGCCACAUUAGCUUCUCAUUUUGGAAAACUGAAUGAGAAUUACAAUUCCAGUGUUGCUGGGCAAAUUCCCACUGGGUUUAUGCCCCCCAAAGCACCAGACUGGAGCCUGAUUCCUAAUGUGGCUGUAGAUGCAAUAGCUAUUUCUAUCAUUGGUUUUGCUAUCACUGUAUCACUUUCUGAGAUGUUUGCCAAGAAACAUGGCUACACAGUCAAAGCAAAUCAAGAAAUGUAUGCCAUUGGCUUUUGCAAUAUCAUACCUUCCUUCUUCCACUGCAUAACUACGAGUGCAGCUCUUGCAAAGACACUGGUUAAAGAAUCGACAGGCUGCCAGACCCAGCUGUCAGCUAUAGUGACAGCCCUGGUUCUUUUGUUGGUCCUUCUGGUAAUAGCUCCUUUAUUCUAUUCCCUCCAGAAAUGUGUCCUUGGUGUGAUCACUAUUGUAAACCUGCGAGGUGCCCUUCUUAAGUUUAGAGAGCUACCAAAGAUGUGGAGGCUCAGCCGAAUGGACACACUGAUCUGGUUUGUCACGAUGCUGUCCUCCGCUCUGUUAAGCACUGAGAUAGGCCUGCUUGUUGGGGUUUGUUUCUCUAUGUUUUGUGUGAUCCUCCGUACUCAGAAGCCAAAGUUUUCACUGCUUGGUUUGGAAGAAGAGUCUGAAAUCUUUGAGUCCAUUUCCGAGUACAAGAACCUUCAGACUCAAUCAGGCAUCAAGGUUUUCCGCUUCAUAGCCCCUCUCUACUACAUAAACAAAGAAUGCUUUAAAUCAGCUUUGUACAAAAAAACACUAAAUCCAGUCUUGACAAAGGCAGCUUGGAAGAAGGCAGCAAAGAGGAAGCUCAAAGAGGAAACCGUGACUUUCAGUGGGAUCCCGGAUGAUGUUUCAAUGCACCUUUCCCAUGAUCCCUUGGAGCUGCACACUAUCGUGAUUGACUGCAGUGCAAUCCAGUUUUUAGAUACAGCAGGGAUCCACACACUGAAAGAAGUUCGCCGAGACUAUGAAGCCAUUGGCAUCCAGGUUUUACUGGCUCAAUGCAAUUCUUCUGUGAGGGAUUCCUUGACCAGAGGAGAAUAUUGCAAAAAGGAAGAGGAAAGUCUUCUUUUCUACAGUGUGUCUGAAGCAGUGGCUUUUGCAGUGGACUCUCAGAAGCAGAAAGGAGUGUGUGUUCUCAAUGGGCUUAGUCUUUCUGGUGACUGAGAAAGGUAAUAAAAGGAAGAAGAGUGCCUUGCCAGUUUCAACAUGCAACAUUUUCUGCUGUGAAAGGAGAAAGUGGUGCACACUUGAAACAGUUCCCCUUUGAAGCGAAUAGCUUUUUGAUAUCCUCACAUGCAGUAGAGUAGUUGGGUGGAAUCAAAAGGAAG